GGGCUAUAUUCUCCACAUUUUUAUUGACCACACUGCUGUAUUUAUUUUAGAAAGUGGUGCAUAUUGAAUGGCUGUAGACAUUGCGUGACAAGGAAUACAUGCGCAAUUCCACGAUGCUCUCUCGUUUCACGUCGAUCAAUCCUGUCAUCUCCUCAUCAUGGGAAUUUAUAGGGGAAACGAACAGGAAUCGAAAAAAGAGACGUACAGAGCAGAAUGGUUUGUAGAAGGUGUCACACGGGAAUUUUACUGUUAGCGCCUUUAUACGUUUGUCUUGUCUUCAUUGGAUUCUUUACGUUUAUUUUUUCGCGAACACGACGUCCAGAUAUAAACAAACAAAUUAAUCAAGAUCUCGACCCGAACAAGCCAGUGACUGAACCUCUCCAAAAUGCGACUUUUAAUUCAACGAUAAUUCCUGGUGUGUUAAAUUUGCACGUCUGGAAAGAUCUGUGCGGCUUGGAUAUCGAUCGUCUUCGCGAAACGCCGCUCUUUCCUCUUCAUCCGCAUCAAAGAUUGUUUCUAAGAAGGUUUCAAAUCACCCAGAACGUAGACAAUUAUGGCCAGAGAAUUUUUGGUUUUAUUCGACCGAAAGUUUCGGGACUUUAUACCUUUGCAAUUUCCUCGGAUGAUACUUCUGAAUUAUGGCUUAGUUUCGACGAAAAACCAUCCAAUCUCCGUCUUAUAGCGAGCGUGUUUUCUUCGACGUCCAGCGCCUGGACAGAUGAUGGGGUCUUUUCAAAAUAUCCAAGUCAGCAAUCGAGAAACAUUCGUUUGAUCGCGGGCGAGAAAUAUUUCGUGGAAGCAUUACAUAAACAAGAUAAGGGCAAUGGUCACCUAAAAGUGUUUUGGCGACGACCAGGCUCGCUGAGACUUGAAUCAAUCACAAGCGAGUAUUUGCAAUCAUAUUUUGAUGAUCGAAAUUUGAAUAGAAGUGGUUUCGUGGCACCUGAAAGUCUUGAGGCGCUUCGGUCGACACCAAGCCACGCGAAACAACGAGAAUAUAAAGGACUGGAUUUGAUUGCUCAGUUCAACUACAUAUCUCUGCCGAUAAUUGACACUUUGAGCGGAAUUUUAUCUUCGUGUGCUUACGAGCCGAGCUACAUUAUUAAAAGAAACUUAAGUCGAUACGAAGGAGUGUAUUUAGUUCAUGAUUCUGCUGUUUUCCCGGACGAUAACACUAAUCUUCGCGAAGCGUUUGUUCCCCGAUCGAAGAGGAACAAAGAAGUGGCUAAUGAAACCGUAAACCACGUUGUAGAAAAAUUUAUGACAAGCUUACAAAAUUUUUACAGGUAAGAUUGAAAAUGUUAACAUUGUUCAAUAUUACUCGUACUGUUUAACAAGUAAUUUAUCAAGAAACAAUAGCUUGUGUGCCGACCUUGACAUUGUUUAUUGAUUAAUAUUAUGUUAAACUAACGAUAUAUUUGAUAAAUUAAAAAUGUACAUUUUUUAACACGCUGCAUUGUUCUAAAAUUAAUCAUUUUUUUUCUGUGUUUCACUGCAUCAUUAGCCCCAUGCAGUUGAUAACAUAAACUAACUAAACAGCGUGAUUAUACUACCAAAAAUGUUUCGGCUGUUGAAAAGGCCAUUUGCACUAAGGGGCAUGUGACAUCGUUUUUAUGAAAAUGAAAGUUACAUGAUUUUGCCUUCGAAAAAUGAUUAGUGGGUCAUAUCUUAAACAAAAUAAUAGUCAUUUGGUUUUUCAAACCCGCACAAUUUUCUUAAAAUAAAUGGUCACGUGACCAAAAUGUGAUUUUUAAAAUUAUGAAUUACCUCUCUCUGAACACAAAUUUUGCACUUAAACUUCAAGGAAAAUGUUGAAAAGAUGAUGUGAUAACGUUUACAGCACAUCCGAGCAUAACUAUGAAACGUUGAACAAGAUAUAAGCAAGAAGUAGUUUUGGCCGCCAUGUCGGAGGGCAAAAGCAUGCCCUCCAACAUGGCGGCCAAUACAAAUCAUACUACUUUGCUGAAAAAUCAAAGUGCCAUAAAAUAUCUCCCUUAAGUGCGUUUCCUCUCAAAUUUCGGCUGUAAGAUAAUUUUUGUGUGCUCUAACAAUUUUUGGCGUCAGCAAGAUUCCAACUCAUUGUUUAAAGGAAGCAUUGGUCACGUGACCUCUUAGUGCAAGUGGCCUAAUGCUUCAGACGCGGCUGUGAUUGCAGGCUGAGUUACAAAAGAUUAAAACAAUGAUCAGUAAAAGAAAAGAAAACCAGAAGAAAACAACACUUGGAAAAAAUAGCGACAUCCAAAAAGCUUACGAUCAGUUCAUGACCCAAAGCUUGAUUUCUCAAACUCCCUAACAAUAAUUUAAACUAAACCUGACCUUCUUUUUGCCUAGUCAAACUACACAGGUUUAUUCCUAUGUUUUCAAACAACCUAAUAAUUCAAAUGAAACCAAUAAAGAUUUCAAACAAACCUAAUAUUGAUCUUAAACAUUGGUGACAGUGACAUGUGGAACACGCAGACUACAACAAUAUUACGUCAGUCUUCACACUAAUAUUAAUUAUUGAUAUUGUCACAGUAUCAGCACUAUGUGUGACUCGCAGCACUUAAAAAACAGAAAACCAACACGGACAUCAAAUCCGAAGAACCCCUUGCAUUUUUGCCACAAUUCGAAAACAAGAUGCUAAAAAACAGAAAAAUAUUACCUCAAAGUUUUCUGUGCAAAACGGAGCUAAAAUAUGGCCUAAAUUGAGGAACUUGAAAUCCCAAUGCCCCCCUUCCUCUUGUGAUAAAAGGGCAAAUUUUUGUGAUUUUUGGUGCAGUUUUUUGGUUUUAUGUAGACCCCAAUGCCCCCGGGGGGGGGUGAGGGGGGGACGUCCAUAUAAAAGUGACAGGAAUGCUCGUCGUCUCGCUUUGGGGUAUAGAUUGCAGAUUUUGGUCUCACUUAUAGUGUUUGGGAUGGAACGUCACUAUAUUUGCCCAUUCAGGUAUCGCUUAGUAGUGUGCAUAAAGAAAUUUACAAAAAAUGCCCUGACACUGACCUCACAGAAAUCUCCCUUAGGGGGUCAGUAUAAGCUUAAGCCACACCAACAUUGGUCUCCCUUAGGGAUUAAAUUUGAAUUUUUUGACGAGUACCCCUGUCACUUUUGUAUGGGAGUCCCCCCAGGCCCAAUGCCCCCCCCCCUUCCAGGAGGUUUUUUUUGCUUAAAGGAUAAAUCUUGGUAUUAUGGAAAUUAUUUCUAGUUAGUAAGUGCAUGUUAGAUAUCAUCUUUAAUAUCUACAUACUUUGUAUCUGACUAGGCUGUUUGUUUUUACAGUGAAUACUAUUUACAGAAAAUCUUAAAUAUUGAGCAGAACUCUGAUUCCAAGAAGGGGGACCGUUUUCUCAUUGAGCUUCAGUUAGGGGUAACUGGAUCAAACCAAAGUUUUCGUGCUUCAGAGUAUGUAUACCAACCAAAAGGGCAGACUGAGCUUUGCUUUCCAGAAGGAAUGAAAUGGCAGAGAAAUGCGACUGUGUACUUUAUACUCCCUGUCAAGAAUCAGGGGAAAUGGGUCCAUCACUUUGCAUCUCAACUUGCCAACAUGUCCCUGAUGACUGGAGACUUCAACUUCCACGUCAUCAUUAUUGAUUUUGAAAGUGAAGACAUCAACAUUGAGAGAGUUUUUAGUGCAUGGCCACUACAAGACAGAUAUACUUUGAUUAAGAUGACAGGACCCUUCUACAAAACGUUGGCUUUACAGGAAGGUGUUAAAGCUGUUCCAAAUGAUUUGGAUAUAGUAUUUCUUUUUGAUCUCCACAUUGAUGUUCCAAUAGGAUUACUGGACUGUGUAAGGAAGGUGAGUUCUGAAGAUGCUUAUUAAGGUUAAAGGUUUGUUUAAAAGUGCACUUAACUUAUCCAGCUACUUUAAGCCCCGUGCAAACGGACGCAACAUUGUUGGCCAACAACUCCCAACAUUGUUGGAUGUUACAUGUUGCGUCCAUUUGAACACCCUGUUGCAUGUUGUUGGAUGUCGCUACGUGUUGUUGCGCAAAGUUUGAAACCGGUCAAACUUUUCAGCCAACAACUCCCAACAUUUCUUUUGUUCCGUGAUCGCCGAAGCAUGGCGCAACAAUGUUGGAUCCAUUUGCACAGCUCUUCCAACAUUGUUGGGGCCACGCACGCUCAUUACACAUGGUUUCCAAAGACUUAUGGGUUGUAUCCUUCCCACGAUGCACUGCAGGUCCCAACAUUGUUGGAAGUUGUUGCAUCCGUUUGCACACCACUGCCAACAAGCACGCAACAACUUCCAACAUUGUUGGCGCAACAAUGUUGGAAUAAUGCAGAAUACAGGAACUCCACUCAACUAAUAGGAAAAUAAUCCAAUUAGAACAUAACUGGAUUAAAAAGCCCAACUGGCAGGUGGCAACCAGUUGGCUAUUUACAAACAUGGCAGAGGAUUUGAACUUGGGAUAACUGAGAACAAAUCCACAUGUUUAAGCCAGUACAGUGUAAGUGUGACAUUUCACAUCUGCUAACAUGAAGGAGUGGACAUAUGUGUCCGUAUGAACUAAAAGCAAUUUCUUGGAUGUAUAGAUAACCAAAUUUUCAUACCCUUGGUUCCCUGCUGCAUGCACUGCACUUUCAGAGAGCUCCGCUAUUGAUAAGCAGAGAUGCUAACCUCUGGAGGUCUAAAAUCUGGGGACUCUCUCUUUUUUGCAUUAAUCCACCACCCCCCCCCUGCCCCCCCUCCUUCCAUGUGUUGUAAACCAUGCCUGGUUGUGUCUCAGGACAUGAUACAGACAGUCUUAUGCACCUAUCAAUGUAAACCCCGUGGGGGGGGAGUGCGGGCAAGGGGUGGGGAUUUGACAAAUUUUGAAAUUUUUUGAUCAAAUUCCCCAGGGUGGGAAACGAAAGGUCAAUCAAAAGUGUCAAAAAAAGCCCCCACCCCAGGGGAAAAAAUCUAAAUAAACAAUACUGUAAUACCAUAAAAAACGAAUAAAAGAACAUUCCAAAAGUAUGUUCUUACUACUUUUAUUUAUUAAAGGUCAACGUAAGCUCCCUCAAAUUACUCGCUGUAAUUGAGUAUUUUGUCUCUCCACUAGCAUCUCUUAUUUUGAACAACAAAAUCCCUCCAGGAAGAUUGACCGUGCUAUUAUAAUAUUAAUGAAAUGUUCAAUGCUUUAUAACAUCUGCUCAACAUGUCGGAACAGUUCGGAUCAGGUGACCCGCAAAAAAUCCUCUGACUUUCAUGGUGGAAUUUGAUUUCAAUCGAGUUUUACAAUUAGAUGGGAACUUGAAGAUAAAAACUUUCACAAAAUAGACAUUAUCUGUUUGGAUGACAGUUUAAAGUAUCGGAUUAUGGCGAUUAAAACAAAUGAAAGCUUCACACCUUUCUCCAACAGCGUGACUUUCAGAAAGCCUCGAGGGACAGACUUGGUAACCGCUUCUGAAUUGAUACCAGGCUUCUGUCGGUCAAAGUCAAAUGUCCCGACCCCGGGGUCGCUUCACACGAUCAAAAGCCCGACAAAGGGGAUAGUCUCAGGCAUCAAAUCCCCUCCCCUUGCCCGCACUCCCCCCUCACGGGAUUUACAUUGAUAGGUGCAUUACAUAAGUUACAGACCAUCAAAAUUCAGUUUUAUGAUUAUAAUGAUAAAAUAAUCAGUGUCAGUGAUGAAAAUCAAUGCAUAUAAAAAAAUGGCGUAGAAACUGUACUAGAAAUCAAAACAAUAUGGGGGGAAAUGGGAUAAUUUCCAAACUAAAGCAAAAAAAAAAAAACUCAAAAGCCUAAUUUUCACUUCUUUUUUCAAAAAACACAAAAACGCAAUAUUAGUAUUCAUAUCUCUAUAUCACUGAACCACCAAAAAUCUAAUAAUUAUAAAAACCUGCUAUUCUACAGCAUUUCUGUUUUCUGGAACAGAGUACCGAUUUAUUUUAUAUGUUUGGCAUAGACUAGGAGUUGAAAAGCCUCAUAACAAGACAAUUAAAAUUGUUGUCUUUUCAGUACACUGUUGAGGGCAAGGUGGCGUAUGCUCCCGCAGUUGCCAGAUUAGAGUGUGGUUUUUUUCCAAAUGAUCCACAUGGUUUUUGGCAAGAAAAUGGAUAUGGACUUUUAAGUGUUUUCAAAGUUGACUGGGACAGAUUUGGUGGUAAGUAUGAGAGUUGUCACUCGGGGGAGGAAACUCCCAGUUAUGGGCAGUACCAGUGGGGUAUGUGCCACUCAACAAGGUAUGCUUUCUUUUCGUGUCUGAAUCUAGAGCGGGAUAUCAAAAUCACCCUUUAUCUCUGGAAGAGGUGUGUUUUGUUAGCACAUUUUGACUUUGAAAUCAAUGAGGUUGAUUUUUCCCCUUUAUUACAUCCACUUUGGAAUCACUGGCGAUCCAUGCAAUCUGAUUGGCUCUGUGUGAUUUAUUCAUGAAUCACACCAUUUUUUGCGCUAAAUCGCAUCUUUUUCUCAGCCAAAAAAAAAGAAACACUAAAACAGCACAACAAAACAGAUUUCAAAUCUUGUUGAAAGUAACAAAUCAAAUUUCUGGUGAAAUGGAUGUAAUAGAGUACUAAAGUGAUGACAUCAUACAAAUGAAAUUUUUGAAAUUAUGGGAUUUGUCAGGAUAUUCUGAAAGAACAAUGUCCAAGAGGCCUACUUGCCAAAAAUGAGCAUUUCGGGGCAAAUUGUCUCUAAGAUCGUAGCCCAGCUAUGCUUAGAAAACUCCAUACAAACCCUUCUAAAUUUUUUUUGGGUCAACCCCAAAUCUCUGAUUAUUGUCCAUCAAGAUUAGGUGUGAAAAUAUGCACCCUUGUUGUCUUAUCACUGCCAUUCAUUAACAAAAAGUACAAACAAUGCAAUACAAUCAUUACUAGGUUGACCAAUCAGGCCUCCUUAUCUAGAUUCCAGACAAAUCUACAUUGUCAGUAUGGAAUUUUGAGGGAUGAAUCGCAGAUGUCUCUCCUACAAAACGUCCAUGGUGGCAAGGAGCAAAGAGAGAUGGCUGUAUACUUCACAGGCUAGUUGCAUGUAAACAUGAUUCUAUAUCUCUCAAUACUCUAUUUUUCCUUCUUCCUUUAUAGGAAUGAAUGUAAAAGAUUUCACUACAAAAUGGGGCGGUGAGGACUGGGAUUUGCUUGAUCGGGUGCUCUCAUCUGGACUGGAGAUUGAACGACUCAAACAACCUGGCCUGUUUCAUUAUUACCAUUCUCAUGCAGGGAUGUGGCAAACAUAGUUUGGAAUUGCAGUCAGUGAAUACAAAGUUAUAUUACAGGCUCUCAUUGGUUACUUUGAGGUCACACGACAUCUAACAAUAAAACUGUUUCUUGCCAACAUCUCUGAGCAGGGAACAUUGCAAAAUCUAUGACAUCACAGGGUAACAGUGCACUGUUACCUGCGAAUGUUAACUGACAACCACCAUUGCAGCCAGGUUUCAUGAAUUUCCAGCUUUAUACUGUAACAAUUCACUUAAAGACCAGUCCCUUGGAAAACAGUUGCUUUUGUUUCCCUCAGGACCAGUCACUAAGUGUUUAUUAUUAAUAUUUGUUGAUUGAUUGUUCAAUAGUUAUUGUGUGAUAAUAGUCCAUUUUCGAGUUUGCUAUGACCGCUAAAUUAAAGAAGUGAAGACGCAUUUUUUACAGCCUUAGCCUCCAUCUGAAGUAAUAUAUUCACAAAUUCUAACGAGAAAAAGACCUGUUUAUUACUCUGUCUAUUGUGUAUAAUCAAAUUUCAAACACUUACUUGCCAGAAUUUCUGAAUAUUUUAUUUUACAUCGAGGCUAACCCUGUAUGAAUGUGUCGUUAAUGUUUGUAUUCAGUGGUAAUUUUUAAUUUGAAACUGGACUAUUAACUGGCAGAUUAUCAAUUAGUCAAAACAGCCUUAUCCUAACGUUAUAGCAUAUGAAGGUUUUCAUGGCACAGUGGUCAUCAUUUUACAGGGUUCAAAUGUAUUAUGAAGAUGAUAUAUCUCAGGAAGUGUCCUAUUUCCUCUUGGUUCUAAUAGCACCCAAACUCUCAAAUAGGAAAAAUCAUUAUACAUUUUUAUUAUAUAAUCUUGCGUUGGCCUUCCAUGAUAUUAUUAGCAGUGUUAAGUUAAAAAAAAAUGCUGAUGACAGAUAUUUAAGCAGUUUUUAUUUCAAAUUUGGUAGCAUCUUUCUAUUUUCUGGUUUUGUCUGAAAUUUUAAGCUAAAGAGAUGUUCAUUGUUUUGCCUGUAUCAAAAGUGCAUAUAUUAAAAAAAUAAUAAUAAUUCAUGGUCAAUUUUCUAGCUUUUCAAGUAAAAAAGCUUAUAUAACAUUCAAUUAAGUGAUCAGUCAAAAAAUUAUUGUCGGGUUUCGUCUGGAGUGAAUCUAAACCUAGAACCUCAUGCAUGACAUGCCUUAAGAUUGACUCUGC